GGAAAGACCCGGUUCGGCGCUGCCGCCGACGCUCGCUCCUGCUGUCGGUGUCGCGCCGCGGCCGCGCGCGACCGGCAUGAGCGCGCGGCCGGGCCAGUGACCGCGUCGGAGAUGGACUGCGGCUCCGUCGCGGGGGAGAAGCCGAAGCGCCUGCCCGGCCGCCGGCGCCUUCUGCUCUUCCUGGCCGCGGGCCGCGGCGGAAGCCCGGGCGGCCGUGGCGUUCCCGCGCGCCGCCUCGUGCCCACGCUCCCCGGCGGUCUGGGGGCGCUGCGGCCCCGCGGCCCGGCGGCCCGUGCCAGCGCGUCACGUGCCUCCCCGCUGUUCCUCGUCCUGCUUGUGCCCUUCCCGCGCCUGGCCGCCGCCGGCCCUCGCCGGCCGCUGGCGAACUGGGAGCGGUGGCGCGCCGGGCCCUCGUCUCCCCCGGCCGGGCGCGGCGGCGCGUGGAGGUGGCAGCCGGGCCUGGCCCCCCGCGUCGCCUGCGCGGCGGGCGCGCUCCACCUAUGCCUCCGGCGGGUGGCCGCCCUCGCUUCCUCGAGGAGAGAGCUGAGCCUCUCUGCGGGCAGCCUGCAGCUGGAGGGCAAAAGGAGAGAGUUCACCUCUUCUGGGAGUAGGAAGCUCUACUUUGACACCCACGCCUUAGUGUGUUUACUCGAAGAAAAUGGGUUCACUACUCGACAAGCGGAAAUCAUUGUGUCUGCCUUGGUCAAGAUCACAGAGACCAACAUGGAUGUCGUCUACAAAGAUAUGGUCACCAAGAUGCAGCAGGAGAUCACGCUUCAGCAGUUAAUGGCUCAGAUUGCUAAUGUGAAAAAAGAUAUGAUUAUUUUGGAGAAGAGUGAAUUUUCAGCCCUUCGAUCAGAAAAUGAGAAGAUAAAACUUGAACUACAUCGGUUAAAACAACAAGUAAUGGAUGAAGUGAUCAAAGUCCGAACAGAAACCAAAUUAGACUUCAAUCUAGAAAAGAGCAGAGUCAAAGAAUUGUAUUCAUUAAACGAAAGGAAGCUGCUGGAAGUAAAAACAGAAAUGGUGUCAUUGCACGCCCAGCAAGAUCGGGCCAUCACACAGACGGACAGGAAGAUAGACACCGAGGUCGCUGGCCUCAAAACCAUGCUCGAGUCGCACAAGCUCGACAAUAUAAAAUAUUUAGCAGGAUCCGUGUUUACGUGCCUAACGGUAGCUCUGGGAUUUUACCGCCUGUGGAUAUAAUAAAGUGUCUAUUUAAAGAGCAUUCUUUUGUUUUGCCUUAAGAAGACCAGAUUGAUGUGCCUUUUUUUUUUUUCUCAUUUCAAUUUUUUUUUUUUUUUUUUUUUUUUGUCUUGUUAGGGCUGCACCUGCGGCGUAUGGAAGCUCCCAGGCUAGGGGUUGAAUCAGAUCUGUAGCUGCCGGCCUACACCGCAGCCACAGGAAUGCCAGAUCCGAGCCGCAUCUGAGACCUACACCACAGCUCAUGGCAAUACUGGGUCCUUAAUCCACUGGUCAAGGCCAGGGAUCGAACCCUCGUCCUCAUGGAUACUAGUCAGGUUUGUUACUGCUGCGCCACCCUGGGAAUUCCUUGUUUCAGAUUUUAAUGCUGAUUUUUAAUACAUAUUAUUUAUUUUUAUGUAUAUUAUGGACAUAUAACCAGGGCAAAGAAGCGAGAAGUCUAUACCUGCUCCUUUCAUCUUUUCUGUUUAGUUGACUUUAUAGCCCUGCCUGGUGGCGGACAAAGCAAGGAAGACUCCACUGAGCUGGAGCAGUGAACUUGGUCUAACCUGUGGGAUAUACCAGCAGUAAAUAUUUAUGUAACUCUCCGCAAUUCCAAUACUGUCUCCGAGGAUUCGGGGUCUCCAUUAGCUUUACUAAGUACUGAAGAAUCGUUGAAACUAAACCAAAAGCAUCAAGUCUUCCUUUCCUGUUGACCCAGUCCCUGUGUUAGCAGUUGUGUUUCAGGUCCAACUGUUGUUACCCGCAUGCUACUUUACACCCAAAGGAGGUUUUUUCCUUUCAUUUUCUGCUUCGUUAAGUUACUAUUCUGUUUAUAUUGUGUGUGCCUUCCAGCUAGAAAACCUUGUCGCCUAAUGAGGUAUUGUGAUUAUGGGGGGAGGGGCUAGACUUCUCUCCCUGUUCCCUCUGACUUGGUCCUUCUGCCUCCCUCUUGAGUUGAGAGCUGUCCUGACACCCGAGGUGUGGCAUUGCCUCCCUAGAGAAUGUGCUCAUUCUGGGCGUGGAGGCUUUUCAGUCUGCCAGGCAGGAUCUUCUUCCUUCUGGUCCUCAUCAGCGUUUUAUCAAGGGAAGCACGAGGCUUUCCCUCUUUAGUGAUAUCUAGUUAUUUAGUGAGGGUGCACAUUUUUCAAGAAUGUCUUUAAUGAAUAUGCCUUUGCCUAUUACAAGCUCAGGUCGUAGGCGCUGCAGACUAGAGAACGGUCAUCAUGCCACGUAUUCUGAUCUAGGUUGAUUUCUUUGGUUGUUAAAGAUACUCUCAUGCUGACUUCACCUCUGUCUUUAACGCAAAUACAUUCCUAGAUACAACUAGGGGUAUUGGGCGAGGCACAGUCUCCUCUUACUUGAGGGAGCUGCACGUAGAGACAUCAGCAGUGACAUCAGAUGGCCCCUUCUUGUUUCCCCACGUGAACACGUGUGCAGGUGAUGUGGUCCAGUGGGGAGGCCGCAGAGAGACGUCUUGAUCGGCUGGUAGAAUAUAGUCCCCGUCCUCAGGGUUCGGUCCACUUUGGCAAAAAAGUUACCUCCUGUCCUUUGGAUGUCAUCUCUGCACUCUGUAAAGUGUAGUCGUUGCCGUGUCUGAGGAUGUUCUGUGCCCCAGCACGUUGGCAUUAACAGUACCAGUUUUGAAGUGAGUAGUCUCCUUUCAGCCAGAUCCAAAAGUAUCUUAACUGCCUCAUGUUUUAUCCACAUAUGCAUUCCCCUUUCAGAGAAGGAUUCCCAGAAAACACCGUACAUUUAACAAUCGCCCUAAAUAGUAAAGAAUUAAGUCAAUGACAGCCCAUUAAGACCACCUUUGCAACCUAACUUUGUCUUGGUAGGAGCUUGGAGGCGAGCCAGAGCGCAGACACUCCUCUAAGUUGGAGUCCCCGAGAGGAAAAAGUACUGUGUGCAGUUCUGUUUCAAACCAAACACUAACCGUGAGAGGUUAAAUGCAGCGAAGUGACCUUAUGUCCUGAGAAAGUAUGUUUGAAAUAGCCUGCGGUUGGGUGACCGUCUGGCAUCUGCCAGAAGUAUUCCAAAUGACAUUCCUACUGGUGAUGGUGGGCUAUGUCAGGCUGUCCCUUAACUGGGGCCGCUGAUUUUGCUGUGGGCCUCUCCGCCUUACAGAACAGCCCCUGCCUCCCCUGUCCUGGGCACAGAUGGACCCUGCUUUCGGUGGUGGGGAUUGCACGUACGAGGCUAGGAGAGCUCAGGACCCCGUUCUCUUUAUUUGGGCAAAUGUAUUCUAUUGGAAAAGCGUAGGAGCCAUAAAUACAAGGGUACCCUUCCCGGUGCUGGCCCAGACGUCUCUGAGCAGUGUGACGACUCCCUGAGCUUGUCUUGGCCUGGAGGGGUGCAGGUCACUUUGGGGAGCUGUGCUCGGGCACAGAUGCUGUGUGUCUAGCACUUGGGGAAAAUCAGCCGGAGCAAAGGCCUGAGGAUCGCCCUCCCCUAAAGCGGAACCGUCAGCUGGACAGGACCUGUAUUUCCUGUUCGUGCACGAAUCCCUCAGCUCUUAGAGGCUUCUUCUGCCCUCCUGCCUUCUCGCCCCUCCCCUGCUCUUUAUCUCUUUUAAAGAGCUUCAACUCCAGCUCCUUUCCUGCUUCCUCCGUAAGCAAAGCAUGUUUGUGUGUUCGAUUCUUUACAGGAAAUGUGACUGGAUGCCUGUGCUGCUCUCAGUCCUUAGCUGGUUUUCUAGUUCAGUGUCCAGCACAACUCAAUCAGAAUGUAUUCACCGUUUCCCUUAAGUAUGCCAGGUACCUCAGGUGAGAGGUCACAAGUUCAGGAAGAAAGGCUUGACUCAAACCAGCCAUCUUGCUGGACGUCGAAGUCUUUCAAAACCAAACUCCUGAGCCACAGGGGCCUGGUUCCUCCCGCGUCGUGCCCAGCUCGGCUGUGCUUUUCUGUCUGUGCCACUUGGAACAGGGAGCUCUUGCCUCUGUUCCUGUCUCCUUUCUAGCCUCUCCUGCGAAUCAGCUGUGUCAGCGUUGGCAGGCGCCUCUCUUCCUCCACCCCAACAUGCCGUGUUCUAAGAAUUUUGGCAUCACUUCUGAGCAAAUGUCGUAUGGAUAGCACUGUGGAACUCAUGUCUAGAAAACUGGCUUUUAACGACGUUUAUCAAAUUGUGUUGUGACUUUUCUGACAUUAAAGCAAAAACUUGUCAAUCGGUAAUAAUGACUUUUUAAAUAAAAUGUUCGAGACUGUUUUAGCCUUUUAUUGGCAUUUCAUUUGGAAAAUAUCAGUCUUUCUACAGAUUUGUAUCUUAUGUUCUCUGAUAACCCAAAUCAUUUCUUAGCCCUUUCGUUUCAUUGCACUGUUAAUAUUCAAUUAUAUUUUACUAUAUAGUAGAGUGGGCAUAUUUUAUGAUCUAAAAUAAAAUAUUUAACUUUCUUUCUGUGACUGAUAUCCUUUUCUGCUUGUUCAGAUUGAAUUUGAAAAGCCAGAACAACUUCUGCCUACACUAUAUUUCAACUGUUAUUCCCUCCAAUUGUACAUGAUAACACUGGUGUGUUAUUUUAAAAAUCAAAUACCUAAACAUUUGGAUCUGAAAGUGAUUAUUUGAUUUACAAAAUAAAUUUUUACUAUUCAGAAGAA